AUGAAUUGCUUAAAAGACGGUCUUUUGCAUCACUCUCGCUCCAUUAAAACUGGUUUAACCUUGACAGUAGUCUCCUCGAACCAACUCGUUAAUCUCUACUCCAGAAAUGGCUUAUUGCGGGAUGCUCGGAACGUGUUCGACGAAAUGCCUGAUAGAAACGUUUACUCGUGGAACGCUGUGAUCUCGGCCUAUGUAAAGUUCAACAAUUUGAAGGAAGCGCGUGAAUUGUUCAAAAAGGUCGAUUCUGAACGAGAUUUGAUCACGUAUAACACUCUGCUUUCAGGGUUUGCCAAAACUGAUGGGUGUGAGAGUGAAGCUGUUGAGAUGUUUGGUGAGAUGAAUAGGAAAGAGGAAGAUGGGAUUUGGAUAGAUGAAUUCACUGUCACUACUAUGCUUAAACUUUCUGCGAAGCUAUCGAAUGUGUUUUAUGGCGAACAGUUGCACGGAGUUAUGGUGAAAACAGGGAAUGAUGCAACUAAGUUUGCUGUUAGUUCUCUCAUUCACAUGUAUUCAAAAUGUGGCAAGUGUAAGGAAGUUUGUAACGUCUUUAACGAAUCGUGUGUUGAGAUUGUUGAUGGUGUGGCUAAGAACGCAAUGAUUGCAGCGUACUGUAGAGAAGGCGACAUAGAGAGAGGUUUGAAUAUAUUCUGGAGAAAUCCGGAGCUGAAUGAUACAAUCUCGUGGAAUACAAUGAUUUCAGGAUAUGCGCAGAAUGGAUACGAAGAAGAAGCUUUGAAGAUGGCUGUUAGUAUGGAGGAAAGUGGGUUGAAAUGGGACGAACACACUAUCGCAGCUGUACUAAAUGUUCUGAGUAGUUUAAAGAGCCUGAAGAUUGGAAAGGAAGUACAUGCCCGGGUAUUGAAGAAUGGAUUGUGUUCUAAUAAAUUUAUAAGCAGUGGAAUUGUUGAUGUUUACUGUAAGUGUGGGAAUAUGAAGUAUGCGGAGUCUGCUCAUUUGUUAUAUGGUUUUGGCAACUUGUAUUCAAGUUCUUCAAUGAUUGUUGGUUACUUGUCUCAGGGAAAGAUGGUGGAAGCGAGAAGGUUAUUUGACUCUUUAUCUGAAAAGAACCUAGUGGUCUGGACUGCUAUGUUCAUGGGAUAUCUCAGUUUACGGCAACCUGAUUCUGUGUUUGAACUUGCACAUGAAUUUAUAGACAAGGAGACAAAAAUUCCUGAUUCUUUGGUCAUGGUUAGCAUUCUUGGUGCAUGCUCUUUACAGGCUUCUAUGGGACCGGGGAAGGAGAUUCACGGUCAUAGCUUGAGAACAGGAAUUUUAAUGGAUAAGAAGCUUGUCACUGCAUUUGUUGACAUGUAUUCAAAAUGCGGGAAUGUUGAGUACGCUGAAAAGGUCUUUAACACUAGCUUCGAGAGAGAUACAAUUAUGUACAGCGCUAUGAUAGGUGGUUGUGCUCAUCACGGUCAUGAAGCAAAAGCUUUCCAGCUCUUUGAAGACAUGAUUGAGGGUGGAUUCAAGCCGGAUGAAAUCACGUUUAUGGCGAUCCUAUCAGCUUGUUGUCACCGCGGCUUAGUUCUAGAGGGUGAGAAAUACUUCAAGUCGAUGAUAGAGGUUUUUAACAUAUCCCCCAAGGUUGGUCACUAUACCUGCAUGAUUGAUUUGUAUGGAAAGGCCAAUAAGUUGGACAAAGCCAAAGAACUUAUGGAAGGUAUUGAUCAAGUUGUAGAAGACGCUGUUAUUCUUGGAGCGUUUUUAAAUGCUUGUUACUGGAAUAAGAAUACAGAGCUUGUGAGAGAAGUGGAAGAGAAAUUGUUAAGCAUUGAAGGAUAUAACGGGUCUCGUUAUAUUCAACUAGCUAAUGUUUAUGCCUCGUCUGGUAAAUGGGAUGAGAUGAGACGGGUACGGAAUCUUAUGAGAGGGAAGGAGCUGGAUAAGUUCUCUGGGUGCAGCUGGGCAUAUAUCAAUAAUCAAGUUCAUAUGUUUACUUCCUCUGAUAUUUCCCAUUUCAACACAGUAGCUAUAUAUUCCAUGCUACAUUUUGUGACCAAGGAUUUGUCUGAAAUUGCUGAAAUCACGAUUUAA